AUGGAGCAACAUCAAUCAUGGCAUGCGCCAUCGGAUUAUAAAGCCCGUCAGAUAGCUGUCAUUGGAGCUGGUGUACUCGGACGUCGCAUAGCAACAUGCUGGGCAUGCGCCGGAUACAACGUCCAUAUCUGGGAUCCUAGCCCCACACAAUGCCAUGAGGCAUUGAAAUACUUUCUAGACAACAUCAACAUCUAUCAACAAUACGUUUCUGUCAAGCCAGGUGAAGUUACUCUGGCCAUAGACCUAAAGCAUGCUGUUUCGAAUGCCUGGCUCGCGGUUGAAUGUGCACCCGAAAAUCUUGAAAUCAAACAGAAUGUGUUCUCGGAUCUUGAAGGAGUCUGUGAUCCAGACUGUAUACUGUCGACGAAUUCAUCAUCGUAUAAAUCUUCUGCAAUCUCUCGGAAGAUGAGUGAAGGGAUCAAAAAUCGAAUCUUGAACACACAUUAUUUUAUGCCACCUCAUGUGCGAAUUGUUGAGCUCAUGACUAGUGGCUGUACCGCGUCAGACAUAUUUCCGUUUCUGAGAUCACGGAUGCAGGAAGCGGGACUGAGUGUAUACGUUGCGAAACAAGAGUCGACAGGAUUUAUCCACAACAGGGUGUGGGCUGCGAUAAAGCGAGAGCUGCUUAUGGUUGUUUCGGAGGGGGUAGCGGAUCCAAAGACCGCAGAUGACAUUUUCUUUGAGGCAAUCGUAAAGCCAGGAACGAGGCCUUUUGUUGCAAUGGACCUUGUCGGACUUGAGACAGUUGCCAAUAUUGAGCGCAAUUUCGCGCAGGAACGAAAUCUUCCAACAAAGCACACAGUUGACUAUCUAGAAAAAGAAUAUAUGAGCAAAGGUAAACUCGGGCUCCACUGCGAAAAUGGCGGGUUCUAUCCCAAGGCAUCGAGGACUACCGGACCGAGGAUUUUCGUGCUGGACAAUGGCCUGUCUGGUGAAGUGGAAACCUUGCAAAUGGGAAAGGUCCUGGAAUAUACGUCUGGUGGUCAACAAGUUCGAACCCUAUUUGAGAAGCAGUUUCUCCCUGACGGGAUUGUCAUUCACAAAGAAAAGGAGCGGAUUUUCUGGACAUGCAUGGGUAACCCAGGCCAAAACGACGGUAUGAUUUGUUCGGCGAGGCUCGACGGAAGUGAAUUCAAAUCCCUUAUCGAAAAGGGAAGCAUCAAUACUCCAAAGCAGAUCACACUCGACCCGGCAACUGGGAAAUUGUACUUUGCAGAUCGUGAGGGUCUUUGCAUCUGGAGUUGCAACCAUGACGGCAGCAGCCUGCAACGGGUUGUUACAACUGGUAGCACGUCCGAUGACAAAGGUCUGAAAGAUGCGCAAAAUUGGUGCGUUGGUGUUGCUAUAUCGCAGACUCUGGGUAAAAUCUUUUGGACACAGAAAGGUGGACCGAAGGGAUGGCAGGGACGAAUUUUCAGUGCAAACCUCGAGAUUCCAAAGGGCGAGACUGCCGAAAACAGAUCAGACAAAAUAUGUCUUCUUGAGAAUCUUGCUGAACCAAUCGAUCUUGAGUUCCAUGAAGACUUGAAAGCCUUGUACUGGACGGACAGAGGCGAAAUGCCGUUUGGAAACACCCUGAACCGUCUUCUUUUUGGGGAUGAUGGUAAGGCUUUGGAGAUCGACAACACACCAUUCCUAAAAUACCAGAUCUUAGCGCGAAAGUUUCACGAAGCAAUCGGGUUGAAGAUUGAUGAAAAAAACAAACAUGUCUAUGUGGCAGAUCUUGGCGGGUCGAUUUGCAGAUGCAAUCUCGACGGCAGCAACAAAACAAGACUGUUGUUUGAAGAGCGACGAGCCUUCACAGGAAUUGCGCUAAUAUAG